UGUGACGGUGAGCGUAAUGAAAAUGUCCACGGUUUCCACGGAAUGCAGAUUUACGCACUACGUUAGCGUGAGAUGGCAAUCUGCAGGCGAACGACCACAGAUUCUUACACAGAUGAGUUUGAUGCACAACAUUUAUCACGAAGACUUUGCUGUGAUUAACGUGUGCAGGAGACGCUUUUGUGCUUCUUGCGGAGCACUGCUGACUCGACGAUCGUCCUGAGGAGCAGCAGCGUGGGGUAAAUGGAUGGGAGGGUUCACUGGGAGUGACGAAUGAAUGAACAGCUGGAUGAUGGCAUUCAACAAAGACAUGAUCUGAACCGCACUGCACUGAUUUGCACUUAGUGCUACACUAUCAAACCUGCCAUAAUAUUUCGCUGCUGGCUCCCGUCUUUUGUUGACAUCAUAAGCGUGUGUGCGACGGCCCGCGGUCCUCUGCAAACUGUCGAUUUUUUCCUCCCCUCUUCUACUUUCAUUUAUUUGAGGCAAAUUAUUAGAACCGUCUGCUAAGAAGGAAUAAGAAGACGUCGUGCAGGUCGGACGUCCUUUUCUGGGUCUCCCACGUCCUUCCCCAACGAGAUAAACCCAGUUCAUGCUGCAGCAGCCCUGUAGUUACACAGUAGAGGACGUUUACAGGCGAGCAGCAGCAGCAGAGUGAAGUGGCCUUGAUGUUUUAUCUCUUGACGUGAUGGCUGUGUUUUUGGUGCUUCUUCUCUCCACGCUCCUCCUGUCUCUACACUCCACUCCUCUACGAGCCUCUCCUUCCUGCCCUGUGGGCUGUCGCUGCUACAGCCUCACUGUGGAGUGUGGCUCCACAGGACUGAGGGACAUCCCCAAAUACAUCCCUUUAACCAUACAGACCAUCUUUCUCCAGGACAAUGUGAUUGGUCAGAUCCGUCGACAGGACCUCACCAUGCUGAAGCACCUGCACUAUUUGUACCUGCAGAACAACACCAUCUCAGCCGUGGAGCCUGGCUCUUUCCAGAGCCUCGGUCAGUUAUUGGAGCUAGCACUGAAUGGAAACCGCAUCCAUUUGGUGACAGCUGACAUGUUUCAGGGACUCGAACAUCUACGCAUUCUGUACCUGGCACGAAACGACAUCACACGGCUGCUGGACUACACCUUCCGUGGCCUACCGCGUCUGCAGGAGCUCCACUUACAGCAUAAUAGUAUAGAGACGUUAGCCGACCAGGCUUUAGUUGGUUUGACUUCUCUGGCUCUGCUGGACCUGAGUAGGAAUAACCUCCACACAAUUGGCCCUGCAACACUGCGACCUCUAGUGAGCCUGCAGGUCCUGCGUAUCACAGAUAAUCCAUGGCGCUGUGACUGUGCGUUGCACUGGCUGAGGACCUGGAUUGAUGAAGAGGGUCAGCGUCUGCUUAGCUCUGCAGAACGUCGACUAGUUUGCAUCGAGCCACCACGCCUGUCCCAUCUGAGCUUGGUGGAGGUUCCUCUCAACAGCUUGGUCUGUAUCCCUCCCUUGGUGCAGCUGGAGCCCAAGAGGCUUGCAGUGCAUCUGGGAGAGAGCCUCAGGGUGUCGUGCCAUGCCACUGGUUAUCCUCGGCCACAGGUGACCUGGAGGAAAGCUUCCCAGGGUAAAGUAGUCCUUUCUCCCAGAGGCCUGGUUCAGGAGUUGGAUGCAGGUGGAGGUGGAAUGGGAGGAGCAGAGGAGCCCUCGCAGGAAGGCAGAGUCAGUCUCCAGAAGGCUAAUGGCGAACUCUUUGACCCCGACACUGGCAGUGGCAUGUUGUUUCUCAGUAAUGUAACUGUGGCUCAUGCAGGCUUCUAUGAAUGUGAAGCAUGGAACGCAGGAGGUGUGGCUAGAGUCACCUUUCAACUUGCCAUCAACUCAUCAACAUCCUCCUCAUCUUCUUCCUCCAUCUGGGCUUCAUGGUCCCAGGUGUCUCUACCAUACUCACCUGCCUGGCCUCGACUGAGGAGCCACGGUCCUGCUUUGGGCUCAGAUGUAAGCCGGGAACCCCUGUAUGCUCUGGGCAGCAUGGCCUUCAGUGCUCUGGGAGCUGCCACUCAGACUGCCAUUGCUGUGGGCAUCUCACUGCUGACUUUGACUGCUCUGCUGCUAGUCGCCAUGAUCUACAGUCGACAUCACCAACGGGACAAAGAGGCUGAUGGGGCUGAAAAGGAGGAGAGCAUCUUGUAUGUGAAUGACUACUCUGAUGGCCCCACUACCUUCGCCCAGCUGGAGGAGUAUCGUGAUGAGCGUGGCCAUGAAAUGUAUGUCCUCAACAGGGCCAAGCCUGUGCUUCCUCCUGCUCCGCCAACAGCUGUGUCCACCACUAACCUGGGCUGUUCAGCACCAUCCGAUACCUCCAGCCACACCCUCUCCUCGGGCCCUGGCCAGACCAUGAGCCCCACUCUGGCCCCUGACAAGCAGCAGCAGCAGGAUGGUGACAUACGGACCAUGAGGAGAAUGGCAGGGGAAGGAGGGGAGGCAGAGCCCGUGAUCACAUUAGAGGCAGAAGGAAUGUUUCUCAACCACACAGGCCUCUUCAUAGACUCUCCCAUUGCUUAUGAGAUUCACUGCUAAAGGAAGAAAGCAAUCCUGGAAGACAGAGCAAAAUAUGUGUGUGACCCAGUGGUUUACAGCUCAGCCUUUCUUGUUUAUGGACUAACAGGAGGCCAUUAUUGGGAUGUACCAAAAAAGGCACAGAAGUACUUUUCUGUGUGAAAGGAUUUUCCUUCUGCAAAACUACACUGACAAAUGUUAACGGAGUCAAUUCCAGUACAAAGCAGAGCUCAAACUCUGUCUGACCUCUAAAACACAGACAUACUGUGAUGUUGUUUGCCAAAAAAGCGAGUAGGUGAGUGACUCGGAGUAUAGGAACCUCUGACUGACCACCAAGACAGCUUCACUGUCCUGCACAUGCUUAACUUUCACACAUUUUAGCAUUACUGGUGUGCUAACAUCUGCCCUGUCAAGACCUCAGAGCUCACUGGGAGGCUGAGUACAGGAAAGAGAGAAAUCAUGGCCCCCUCCGGUUCAUGAAUAUGUGGGAAAUCUGUGUUAUAUGGUCUAACUGCUGUCAGUGUCUGGAAGUUUUAAUUUAAUCCCAGGGUAGAAAUACAGUGCAUUUUGUAAUUAUAUAACUGUGUAGAAAAAGGUCAGUCUGAGUUUUAUUCUCAUUCUCUCUCAUCAUCAUUUUACUCAUCUGUGUUGCUUAGUGUCCUAACAGACACAAAAAAUGAAUCUCUCCUCUCUGUAGUAUGAACUGAGCUCAGUUUACCCCAACUCUUUUGGAUUUAUCCGUCUUUAUUGAUACUAGCAUGUGCGGUUGGGAAUGAAUCUGAGUUGCUGCUGAGUUUUCCAGUCCACACGGAGGCAGAGUUCUUAGCUGAGCAAAAAACAUCAGCUAUACGAUACGUAUUUGACUGCUUCUGAAUGAACGAGCUGCUGUGAUUGAGAAAUAAAGUUUUCAAAGCAGAAAGAGACAAGGCUCGAAAAAACAAGAAAUGAAGCUACCUGACUGAAUGUUUUUGCUUUUAAAUGAUCACGUGUGAAUUAUUGUUGCCUUUAUAAACUGAGAGAAUCUUUUGUCUCUUU